AUGGCGGCAGAAGAAGGUGCCAUGGCAGAGUCAAAUUCCGAAGAUCAAAAACCAGGGGAAGAUAGGAUUAGUAAUCUACCGGAUGAUUUAUUGCUCUACAUUCUAUCAUUCGUACAAAGCAAAACAUCAGUUCAAACAAGCAUUCUCUCUUCCAGGUGGCGCCACUUCUGGAAGCGUCUCUACGUUCUCAAGUUAUCCGAUGACUCGUUUGAAUUCAAUGACAACUUUACCCCGUCCAAUUCCAAACUAUUCCAGGACUAUCUCACCCUUGUCAAUUUUUCUAAGGACUCUUUUGAAUUCAAUGACAAUUUUAUCCAAUUCAAUUCACGAUUCAAGGAGGAAAUCUCACGUCUCCAUCUAUCAAUCGACUCUUUUGAAUUUGCCAAUUUUAUCAAAUUCUAUUCUGAACGAUUCAAGCACUUCAGAAGAUUCUUCUAUUUUGUCAACAGCCUAAUCUAUGUCCUCAGGCCCUACAAUGUUGAGAAGAUGCGCCUCUCAUGUACUAAAUCUCUCACUAAGAACAAGAUGUGCACAGCCUCAAUUGACGCUUGGAUCCACUCAGCAAUGGGACCUCUCCUCAAAGAGCUCGACAUCACGCUCUACAAUUUAGACAAUUAUUGCUUUGAGCUUUCGGAGAACCUUUCCAAAUGUUUUAAUCUGGUCUCCCUUAGUCUCAAAGGAUCAUUGCGUUUGGAUCGUCAACCACCCAAGUCUUUCUGUUUACCAUCACUAAAGAAGUUGGAACUUGACAUCUGUGCUAUUAAUGUGCCUUCCUUCAAUGGCUUCCUCCAUGGCUGUCCGUGUCUAGAAACUUUGGAUCUUUGCUGGUAUGACGAGGAUUAUGAGACAUUUUAUGUUCCACCUCUUUGCCUACCAUCUUCUUUGAAGACCUUGAAAAUUGUCCUUAAAUAUUUAAGUCAUUUAGGGUUUACUCGUUUACCAAAGCAGUUACUUGGCGGCGAGGUUACUCAUACUCAUUUCUAUUGUUCAACAUUUGACAAUUUACUUUAUCUAAAUCUCAAUCUUUUGUGGUUCAACUCGGAUUCUAUUAUGAGCCUACUUCAAGAAUGUCGUUCACUUGAAGUUCUUAUAAUUCAAAAUGACAGUGAAGUUUUUAAUGACAAAGAGGAACAAUCAUCCUCACCAAAAUGGGCCGCACAACUCAGUCUUCCUAGUUGUCUUGAAUCACACCUGAAGUUUAUUCAAUUUAAAGGAUAUCGAGGAUUUACGGAUGAAUUCUACUUUGUCGAAUAUAUUUUGCAAAACGGAUGUGUUUUGAAAUCAAUGAUUAUCGUUGAUAUUUCGACGGAUCUAAAGAAAAUGGUCGACACUCUUCAUAGAUUAUUUGAUAUCCCGAAGGCCUCUAGAAUGUGUCAACUUACAUAUAUCUAA